CUACCUCUGGUCAGAAGAGCGCCGAGCGUUUCGGUAACGACGACGACACAGUUCAUAUUGUAAUUUUGUAAAGUUUCAAGGUUAUUUUGGUAAUCUCAUAUUCUCUCUUUCCUUCAUAAAUGGUGCUCCUCGCUUGUUCAUGUCGCGAAACGUGUACUUCGACGCUCUCAGCUCACCCCACGUCGCGAAAUUAUCAAUGGCCGAGAAAAGCAAGAUUCUGAUCAUCGGCGGCACCGGAUACAUCGGAAAAUUCAUCAUCCAAGCAAGCGCGAAGUCCGGUCAUCCCACUUUUGCUCUGGUCAGGGAGGCCACCGUAUCCGAUCCUGUCAAGGGAAAACUCGUCGAGAGCUUUAAGAACUCAGGCGUCACCUUGCUCUAUGGAGAUCUUUACGAUCAUGAGAGCUUGGUAAAGGCGAUCAAGCAGGUGGAUGUGGUGAUAUCGACGGUGGGACACAUGCAAUUGGCAGAUCAAACAAAGAUCAUCGCUGCCAUUAAAGAAGCUGGAAAUGUUAAGAGAUUCUUUCCUUCGGAAUUCGGGAACGAUGUCGAUCGGGUGCAUGCUGUUGAGCCAGCAAAAUCUGCAUUUGCAAUCAAGGUCCAGAUCCGCAGGACCAUCGAAGCAGAAGGGAUUCCUCACACCAUCGUGUCUUCCAACUACUUUGCUGGCUAUUUCCUCCCCACAUUGGCACAGCCUGCAGUCAGCGCUCCACCCAGGGACAAAGUCAUCAUCUUAGGAGAUGGCAACCCCAAGGCAAUUUUUAACAAAGAGGACGACAUUGGAACCUACACAAUCAGGGCUGUGGAUGACCCUAGGACAUUGAACAAGAUCCUUUACAUCAAGCCCCCCAACAACAUUUACUCAUUCAAUGAACUUGUUGCCUUGUGGGAGAAGAAAAUUGGCAAAACCCUCGAGAAGAUCUAUGUUCCAGAGGAGCAGGUCCUUAAGGAUAUCCAAGAGGCCCCAAUUCCAAUCAAUGUUGUGCUAGCAAUCAACCACUCAGUGUUUGUGAAGGGAGACCAAACCAACUUUGAGAUCAAGCCGUCGUUCGGAGUGGAGGCUUCUGAGCUUUAUCCGGAUGUUAAAUACACGACUGUGGAUGAAUACCUCAAUCAGUUUGUUUGAGAGUUUCAGACAUCUUCUUGUAGAAAUGAAUAAAUCAAGAGGCUGGUAUUUGAGGUUGUGAUCGGUUUAGUGUUUGGGCAAUUGGGUUCCUUAAUUGGUGAUACGACAUCAAGAGACUCAAUUUUUCUCUCUUCCUUCUUUCUUCUCUAUUUGCUGCAUGUAUUAUUUUCCUGAUGGAUGGUGAAAUUAAAUGCAUUUUACGCUUUGACAGAAA